CUGCAAAUGCUCUCAUCGUCCGCAUCGCUGUUCCGUAGAUCUGUACAGAGAAAACCACUCCCUUUCGCUGGCUUCCGGUUCAUACAGGCUAUAGGUAUAUCUGAUGUCUCCUCGUUCGCAAGAUUAUGCUCUCCGCUUCUCCUAUACAGCUGCCUGAGAAUCACGUUUGGUGUUCGGUUUAUGGUGGCAACCAGGGCCGGCUCUUGCGUUCGCAUCGUCGAUCGAAUCCGCGCUAAUCUCGGGCUCAGUGCUGAAUGUGGUCCUGGCUAUCAUACAGUAUCAUCUGGCUGCGGAAGAUCGCCAUCUCCUGAUUCUGAACAGGUCAACGAGGCUGGGAAGUGUCUGAUCCUGUCGCUUGGCUCUUCCAGUAGUCAACACUUUCUGCUCAUCAUGCGAGGCUGGGCCGUAAGUGAACCCUCACUGUGUCACGGCAUUCGCUCUGGAUUAGCUCAGGUAUUAUCGGAUGCAAGCGCUGUACAUUCGCAACUGCUGAUUGGUGAAAACUGUACACUGUGAACCGGUGAGUUCGGCCGACCGUGUAUAGACUGAGCUGGUUAAUUUUCCAUCCGGACUGUUGAACGUCAACACGUAAGACAUGAAAUUGGCUGCAUCUUGAGUCGAAGUGGCCACCGUCAUCAGUUUUGUGCAUCGAACUCUAACUCGACGCAUGGACAUAAUCAAUCAACAUCCUUGAUAGAUCGUUCAAAAGAGCACACUUCAAUGUACGACCAUUUGCAUGAUCGAC